AUGCCAAGUGAAGAAAUAUGGAAAGGAGUUGCACAAAAUUUUGUGAAUGAUUUGUCUCCAGAAGUUCUCAUAUAUGCAGGACUUAUUUAUGAGCAAACUCUUGGAGAAGAAAAAUAUACCUUUGUUGAAGAAGUUAAAAAUCCAAAAUCUGUUACGAUAUUAGUUAAAGGACCUAAUUUUCAUAUAAUUACACAGAUUAAUGAUGCCAUUCGUGAUGGAUUACGAGUCGUAAAGAAUGCAAUUGAAGAUAAAUAUAUAGUACCAGGAGUAGGAGCAUUUCAAGUUAGGAUUUCAGCUUACUUGAAUAAAUUUAAAAGUUCAGUCAAGGGAGGGUCAAGCUGGGAAUUCAAGCAUUUGCAGAUGCAAUGUUGA